AUGAUUAAUAAAAGUAACAAUAUCAAACUAAUAAAAGUUCCGAAAUUUGUUGCAAAUAAAUGGCUUGAAUAUAAUGAUAAAGAUAUUGUUGGGUUGCUCGAAGAAAAUAAUAAUGAAAUAUCAUCUAUAUAUAUUCAGAAAGAUGAUAGUGAUGAUGUAAAAAAAUUGCCAUGUAAUAAAAAUAGUACAGUAAGUACAUAUAUACUAAAAGAGGAAAAGGUGUCAUUAAAAAUAAACAAUAAAAAUUCAAACUCUGUAAAUAAUAAUAAUAAUAAUAAUAAUAAUAACGAUUUGAUUAAUAAAACAAAUGAAAAUAUGAAUCAAUAUAAAGAUAAUUUAGAAGAUGAUAAAGAAAUGGUAGAUUAUGUAAUUUGUGCUGACAUAAUAAAUAAUUGUAGUUAUACAUAUUCAUUUUUACCAACAUUAGAUAAGGAUUAUUCUUUAGUGUUAAAGGAAAGGCAUUAUAAAACGAAUGUCAAAAAAGAUAGAUAUACUAUUAUAGAAACCAGAAAUGAAGAUAAUAUUGAUUCAUCUCAUACAUUGUUUAAAUAUUAUAAUAUGGUCGAUAAUGGAUCAAAUAGUAAAGAUCCAAAAGAUAGUAGUAUUGAUAAUAGUAAUAAAUAUGGUAAAAAUAAUAAACGUGGGUUUAUGGAAAAUGAGAAUAACAGUGGUUCAUAUUCAGCAUCUAAACAAAAAGCAAAACAAGCAAAAAAAAUGCACGUUUUUGAUUUAGAUAAAACUAAAAUUAGUAUGUUUAAAAUAUUUGAAAAAGAGGGGAAAAAAGGAGUUCCAUUUUCUUUUUUUUCGAAAAGUUUUAAUAUACCAUCAAACUAUAUAAAAAAUAUAUUAGAUGAAAUUGCUGUAAAAAGAAAAAGAGUUUCUGAUAAGAAAACUGUUUAUUUUUUGAAAGAUUACAUAAGUUAA